AUGGGACAUGCCCCAGAGCUGCUCAGCCACCUGAAGAGCCCAGGAAGGAUGGAGGUGCCCAACACCAAGCCCCGGCGAGCUGCCUGCCUCCUGCUCCUGCUCCUGUUCUGCUCCCUGGCUGCGGCCCGGCAGAGCCUGCCCCACUGCUGCCGGCAGAAGACCUGCUCCUGCCGUGUCUACGACCUCCUGCACGGCAUGGGCAACCACGCCGCUGGCAUCCUCACACUGGGCAAGAGGAAGAGCGUUCCCCUCGCCUUCCAGAGCCGACUCUACCGCCUGCUCCAUGGCUCCGGCAACCACGCUGCGGGCAUCCUCACAAUGGGCAAGCGUGGGCAGCAGCCUAGCACCACCUGCCACGACACGUUGGGCUGCCCUGCGGGCACGGUCACCCAGCCGACAGCGGAGCCGCGAGGUACUGACACCAGCCCUCAUGGCCCCAGGGAGUGCCAGGGACACUCAGGGAAGGACCUGAGCACGAACCAGGCCCAGGGAGCUGCGAGGAGCUUUUACUGA